AUGAACGACAACCAGGACCAAAGAUCACAUCUCCCACCUUCCCCAUUGUCACAGCCGUUGACAGCAAAUGGAAGAGACUCCGAUACUCCCAAACCUAAUCCUUAUUACAAACGGUUGAACACACCUCUAAAUACCAGACCUGCUUCUCCAUACACAUUAAAUCCCCCAAUAGAUUCGGACGGGCUUUCAUGGCCUUCCCUGGGUGCAAGAGGGCGGAUUGAAUCCAACGAAGAGGAGGCCAAAGCCAGAGAGGAUAGAAUAGCAGAGGCCGUCAAGACGAUAUUGACUGAACUUGGAGAAGAUGUAAACCGCGAGGGUCUGCUUGAGACUCCUCACCGGUAUGCAAGAGCCAUGCUUUUUUUCACAAAAGGCUAUGAGGAGAAUAUAAAGGAUGUUAUCAAACGUGCUGUUUUCGAGGAAGACCACGAUGAAAUGGUGAUAGUCAAAGAUAUUGAAAUUUACUCGCUAUGUGAACACCACCUAGUUCCGUUCUUCGGCAAAGUCCACAUUGGAUACAUUCCUAACAAGAAAGUUUUAGGGUUGAGCAAGCUUGCAAGACUGGCUGAAAUGUACGCUAGACGAUUCCAAGUCCAAGAAAGACUGACUAAGCAAAUAGCUAUUGCCUUGAGUGAAAUUCUUCAGCCAAGGGGAGUUGCGGUGGUUAUAGAAGCCACACAUAUGUGCAUGGUGAGUCGUGGAGUGCAGAAAAGUGGAGCCAUCACUUCCACCAGUUGCAUGUUGGGAUGUUUCCGCGCCCAGCAGAAGACCCGAGAUGAGUUUCUUACACUUUUAGGAAGAAGGUAAAUUUUGAUCGAUUAUAUUAUAUGCGGUAAUGUACACCCUUCAUUUCUUUUUUUUGGAAAGACUGGAGCCGAUAGUUAUGUUCACCUUCGGAGGAACCGGAAAUCCAAACGACUUGCCAACUUUCACCAAGUCAAGCUUAUCAACCUGAUACACCGUCUUGAGAUGGUGAGAGGCAUAAGCCUGUAAAUAUGCUCGGUACCCAUCUUUAGCAGAUUGAUGGAGCCAGUAGUUGUUCUUCACAAGCUGCUCCAAUUGAGAUUGCACGUUGGCAAUUUUGUUGGCUGGGAAUUCGUACUCAUUGAGAGGAACUUUGGCCGCUUUCAGAUAUCUCAGGAAUCCUAGCUCUGAAGGAGUCAAAAACAUCAGCGAUUUACCCUUUCCUUUGCUUCCUCUAGCAGUCCGACCAACACGAUGGAUGUAGUCACGGGGAUCAUCAGGUGGAUCGAAUUGAAUGAUCCAGUCGACCUCCGGAAUAUCAAGGCCUCUAGCAGCCACAUCCGUGCAGAUCAAAAUUCCCUGUUUGGCAUUGCAAAACUCGAAGAACGUGUUGGUGCGCUUUUGCUGCUUCUGCUUCCCGUGGAGAUCCAAGACUGGUAAAUCAAUAUAAUUCAGAAGCUCACUGUAAUAUUUCACACAGUUACAAGACGACAGGAAGACAAUAACCUUCUUUUUGAGGUUCCGCUUGAGGAAUGAAAACAAGAGCAGGAACCUUUUGUCGCUGUCGCAAACGACGUAUCCCUGUUCCAGCCCGUCGGCAGUAGAAGUCUCUCUAUCUUGGUGAACGUUGAUGUAUAAAGGAGCCUUGUUGAGAGACACUCUAGCCAAAUCCUCAACCUUGGUUGUCUGUGUUGCAGAAAACAGCAUGGAUUGCCUUUUUUCGUUAGGUAAGAUCUUCACUAUUUGCUUCAUUUCAUCCUCAAAUCCUAUUUCCAGAAUUCUGUCUGCUUCGUCUAUAAUCAAUGUCUUCAAGUUCUUAAAGAUAAAUCCCUUCGUAUUUUGCAAGUGAUCCAGCAAUCUACCUGGAGUGGCAAUGAUCAAAUUCACACCUUUUGCCAAUUUUUCAGCUUCUUGACGUCUAUUUGCACCACCAAUAAGAAUUCCCAGAGUCUGAGAGUGGUGUGCCAUUAGUUCACGAGCCACACCAAAGAUCUGGAGAGCCAACUCUCUAGUUGGUGUAAUGACAAUGGCACCUGCUCCGUUACGAGGCUUGAACUUGAGCGAGUACAACAACUCAAUGGCAGGAAUCAAAAAAGCCAAAGUCUUACCGGAACCUGUCUUGGCAGCUCCAAGCACGUCUUUUCCGGCCAGAAGUGGGGGAAUGGUUCUCGCUUGAACCUCAGUCAUCUUUGUGAAUCCCAUUUCUUGUAUUCCCUUCAUCGUUGGUUCAGACAGAUGAAGAUCGGCAAAAUCUUCAGGGUUUUCUUUAAUUUGUGGUCUGCCAGAACGAUCAGAUUCUUCCUCUCUUUCUUCUUCCUCCUCUUCUUCUUCUGCUUCCUCUUCCUCUUCUUCUUCUUCCACUUCAUCUUCUUCCUCUUCUUCAGACUCACUGUCGUGGACGUUUGACUUCUUGUCCUCUUGUUCCUUCUCGCUUUCGCUGUCUUUCUCUAGAAGAGCCUCAACAUCAUUAUACUCGUUAUUAAUCUCAUUAACAAGAGAAUCAGUGUUUUCCUCAAUUUUCUCUUUCUCCACGCGUUGUCUUUUGGACUGUUGGGGGUUCUUAGCCACCUUUCCGUGAGAAC